UGCUUUCCACUGUUCCUGCGAGGAAGCAGGUAUGCGUUUGGAGGACAGGAUCUUCGCCUUUUCAUCGAUCCUUGCAUUCCUGUCUGGCCAGUUGCGUGCGUGAUGUCCGACCACUUGCCAUCUGCCAGAAGAUCGCAGACGGACGUUUCGGCCUCGACGCCCAGUCCUUUUCGCCAUGGGUCGACGGCCUCAACUAGCUCAUCAAUCUACUCUAUCUAUUCCAAUUCUUUUGCACCCAGCCGCACCAGCACGAUAUCCUCAAAUGCGUCCGUUGGGUCAGUCUUUGGUAGCUUCGUGCACCCGAGAGGGAAGAGCGAAUUGACCAAUAUGGUGUCUGCGACAAUCGGGCAAACACCAGCGGCGGACAGGCCACCGAGCGCUGGGGAGACAUAUGGAAAUAUACGCCGCUCACUGAGACCGUUACCACAAGUUCCUAAUGCUGUGCCGCCUCCGACAAAAUAUAUACCCUACCGCCCGCCUGGUCAUAACAGAAGCCAAACCUUGGAUGAAAGGCUUUUCCCUAAAGACUACAGACCAAUCACUCCAGAAGCCCGCCCUGCGUCCAGACAAGAAAAUGAGCCUCUGAGGAGCGUGGACGCCGCUGCGUACAGCCCUCCGGCAUCUCCUCAUAGCAUAUCUCCUCGCACCAGGGUGAAUCAUUCUUACUCUGUAUCCACUCCACACCCGCCUCCAUUGACCACUGCUCUUACUGCCCCCGAGCUCGAGACAUUUCAGAAGUCUUCGACCGGUCAUCUCCGCACCCUUUCCAAAAUUGCUCAGUCAGGGGAGGGCGGAGAAUUUUCCAUCAAUAAUUCGCCUUCGGUGGUAGGUCUGCAGGGCAGACGGCGCCUCAAGCGUGCGGAUUCUGGAAAUGGAAGCGGCAGUGGAAAUGGAACCAGGAGAAAGAAUACUUCUUCGUGGGCCGCAGGCAACUGGAUGGAUAAACAGCGGCAAUUUCUUCAGGCCUACGAGUAUCUAUGUCACAUUGGAGAGGCCAAGGAGUGGAUAGAAGAUGUGAUCCAAAAACCAGUUCCACCUAUCGUUCAACUGGAAGAAGCGCUUCGUGAUGGAGUGACGCUGGCCGAAGUUGUGCAGGCACUAUGUCCAAAUCGCACGUUCCGAAUCUUUCGCCACCCGAAACUACAAUACCGGCACUCCGACAAUAUUGCACUGUUCUUCCGAUUCCUUGAAGAGGUAGAACUGCCUGACCUCUUCCGGUUCGAAUUGAUCGAUCUCUACGAGAAGAAGAAUAUCCCCAAAGUCAUCCACUGCAUUCACGCAUUGUCCUGGCUGCUGUACAAAAAAGGGAUCGUCGACUUCCGCAUUGGAAACCUGGUUGGUCAGCUUGAGUUUGAACACCAUGAGCUGGAGCAGAUGCAAAAGGGCCUCGACAAGUCAGGCGUCAGUAUGCCUAGUUUCUCCGGCAUGGGUGCUAGCUUUGGUGCGGAACCUGAACCGGAGCCUGAACCAGAGCCAGUGGAGUCAGAGGAAGAAAGGAUAGACAGGGAACUGCGGGAAAACGAACUGUCUAUUAUCGACUUUCAGUCUCAGAUAAGGGGUGCAUUGUUGCGAGUAAAACUCGGCGAUGUCAUGAACGACCUGUGGGAUAUCGAACAUCUAAUCAUCGAUCUUCAAUCUAGGAUCCGUGGCGACUUCACACGGCAGAUCAUGGAGUACAGGCUGAGCAUGCGCCGAUUUGCAACCAACCUUCAAGCAAGCUGCCGAGGGUUUAUCGUGCGAUCGAGGCAGCGAAAGAAUGAGGAUUGGUGGAAGACAAAGGAACCUGACAUUCUCAAACUGCAGAGUCUAGUGCGGGCAGCCAAAGCUCGAACUGAAGUCAACUAUAUCAGAACACAAAUGCGACGACAAGAGUCCGGCAUCAAGUCUUUCCAGGCAGCUAUAAGAGGUGCCCUACAAAGGAAGCAGGCGCACGAGCAGAUCGAGGAGACAAGAGACUCCGAAGACCAAGUCCAGAGUUUACAAGCGGCAAUCCGAGGAAUGCUUGCUCGCCAAUCGAUCUCCGGCUCUAAGUCAGCGCUCAAGGCAGAAAGCUCCCUUAUUGCUUUUAUACAAGCAGCAAUCCGAGGAAUGCUUGCCCGCCAAUCGAUCUCCGGCUCUAAGUCAGCGCUCCAGGCAGAAAGCUCCCUUAUUGCUUUUAUACAAGCGAGCGCACGGGCAAUGGCCACUCGAGCUAGUUUGGCUGAACAAAGAGAUGCAUUAGUCGGAUUUAGUGACAAGUGGCUUACUUUGCAAUCUACCUCCCGUGGUUCUGCCGUGAGAGAGAGCCUUCGACAUCUCCGGAAUCUCUUGCACAAUGAAGAACCCUCGGUCAUAUCUCUCCAGAGUGCCAUAAGAGCAAAGGCACUUCGAUAUGAUAUCGAAUCUCAGAAAAGGUCGUUGGCUGAAAAUGAAGCUUCAGUGUUGGACUUUCAGUCUUCAGCCCGGGGAUUCCUACUGCGCAGACGUAUCGAGGCUGAUCGCUGCGCACUACAGCAGGAGACGUCUCUCUUGACAGAACUCCAGGCAUGCGCCCGGGCAGCCAUCGUAAGGCAGAACAUCCUUGACAUACAAUCUCAGCUGGAAGACUGUACCGAAGAAAUCAUUGAGAUUCAGUCUUCUGCCAGAGCCAUGCUUUACCGCUUUCAGCUGGAGCGGAUGCUUACUGAUCUCUAUAUUCAAGAAGAUGCUGUCCUUGAGCUUCAGGCGUGGAUCAGGGGCAGUCUCGUCCGCUCACGGUUUGAAGAAAAACGCCGGUUCUACCGUGAGAAUAUGGAAAAGGUCAUCAAAGUCCAAAGCUUUGUGAGAGGCAAGAUUCAGGGCCAAGCGUACAAGAGCCUCACCAGCGGCAAGAAUCCCCCUGUUGGAACGAUCAAGGGGUUCGUACAUCUUCUUAACGAUAGCGACUUUGACUUCGACGAAGAAAUUGAAUUUGAGCGAUUGAGAAAGACUGUUGUUCAGCAAGUUCGUCAAAAUGAGAUGGCCGACCAGUACAUCACUCAGCUGGAUAUCAAAAUCGCGCUUCUCGUCAAGAACAAAAUCACCCUUGAUGAGGUUGUUAAGCACCAGAAGCACUUCGGUGGCCACGUUGGAAGUCUCUUGUCCAACACAGACAUCUCGUCGAAGGAUCCUUUCGAUCUCAAGGCGCUAAACAAGACAUCCAGAAAGAAGUUAGAGCAGUACCAGGUACUGUUCUUCUUGCUUCAGACCCAGCCACAAUACCUGGCCAAACUUUUCCGUAGAUUGCGGGAACAAAACACGGCGGAGAAGGAGUUUGAGCGGAUUAAGCACCUGAUAAUGGGUCUGUUUGGAUACUCUCAGAAGAGAAGGGAGGAAUACUACCUGAUGAAGCUGAUUGUCCGCUCCGUCAAGGAAGAAAUUGAGGGAUUUGACUCGCUUCAGGAGUAUAUGCGCUGUAAUUUCUUCUGGAACAAGCUCUUUGGAGCCUACGUCAAGUCGCCGAGGGACCGCAAAUUCAUGCGGGAUGUGUUAAGCCAGCUGGUGAAGGAGACUGUGAUCGACAAUCCGGAUCUGGACUUGGAGAGUGAUCCGAUGCAGAUAUAUCGCUCUGCGAUCAGCGACGAGGAACUUCGUACCGGUAGGCGAAGUCGACGUCGUCCUGACGUGCGGAGAGAGGAAGCAAUCAGGGACCCAGAGACGAGAGCGACAUUUAUCAGGCAUUUGCAGGACCUCCGGGACAUCGCCGACCAAUUCUUCAGUUCAUUCGAAGAUUUACUGAUCCGAAUGCCCUUUGGUAUUCGAUACAUAACACAGCAGAUGUACGAUUCUCUGUUGAAACAGUUUAGCGAUGAGGAUCCUGGCUUCAUUCUCCAAGUCGCAGGAUACUGGGUCUGGAAGAACUACUUCCAACCGGCGAUACUCGAACCAGAAAAGCAUGGAAUUGUCGACCGCGGCUUGACCCAGGGGCAGAAGAGAAAUCUCGGAGAGGUUUCGAAAGUCCUUUCUCAGAUCGCCUCUGGUAGACUAUUUGGGGGAGAGAAUGUCUACCUGCAACCGCUUAACUCAUAUGUUGGCGAGUCAAUUCAACGUUUAGGCCAGUUGUGGGGCAACAUGAUCUCCGUUCAAGACGCCGAGUCAUAUUUCGAUAUUGACGAGUUCAACGACCUUUACGCCAAGACGAAGCCAACUCUAUAUAUCAAGAUGUCUGACAUAUUUUCUAUCCAUCAGCUCGUGGCUUCAGAAGUCAAUGCCAUCUGCUCCCAUUCUGAUGAUAUCCUGAAAGAGGUCAUUCGCGAUCUCGGAAACGUCAAGACAAACGAAAACGAGUUGAUGAGUGUCAGCAGUUCUGAGAUCAGUUUGACUCUACUGCCUAAACUUCACAAUGUUGAAGAUCCCGAGGCUGAAGUGAAGGCCCUUCUUAUGGAAACUAAACGCUGCAUCCUCUAUAUCAUCCGAGUUCAAUCGGGUGACAAUCUCUGGGAUAUCAUGAUCAAGCCACCAACUAUAGAGGACGAAGAACGAUGGCAGACCAUUGUUCGCGAUGAGUUGUCCACCAACAAUAGACGCAAGGGUGCCUAUUCCGAAGCAAAUACCUUGAUCGAUAUUGGAGCCAUGACCUACCCUGAGCUGAAGCGAACGGCACUUGAGAAUAUCGUGCAACUUGAACACGCAGGCAAGAUUAGCCGUCAUAACAACUACCAAGACCUGCUGAACGCGAUUGCAGUCGACAUCAGGACUAAACAUCGGCGGAGAAUCCAACGACAGCGUGAACUGGACGGUGUUCGCAUGACGCUGGCGCGGCUGAACGACCAGGCCAUCUACCUGGACCAGCAGCUCAAGACCUACAACGACUAUAUUGAGCAGGCAAUGGUCACCCUGCAGAACAAGAAGGGGAAGAAGCGAUUCUUGAUGCCGUUUACCAAACAAUGGGAUCAUGAACGUGAACUGCAGAAAUCGGGACGCGUCUUUAAAUUCGGCUCUUUCAAGUACUCGGCUCGCAAUCUUGCUGAUAAAGGUGUCUUGGUCCACUGGAAGGGCUAUACCGAACGCCAAUGGGACCGUGUCGACCUGACAAUAUCGAGUAACGAAGUUGGAGUGUUCACACUCGACGGAAGCAGCGGCAAUAUGAUGAUUCCUGGUGCAAACGCCCAGGUACCGCUGGACGAUCUGUUGCAGGCGCAGUUUAACAACACCCAGUUCCUCGACUUCUUCGAGGGACACCUACGAGUUAACGUCAAUCUUUUCUUGCACCUGAUCAUGAGGAAAUUCUAUAACGAAUGAGCAGCUUAUGGGUUACUUUUUUUUUUGUGUGGAACAUGAUGAACUUGAUGCCCCGGGGGAGUCCGUAUCUCCCUCUUCACGAACAUAUUACGCUUCCGUGAUACCCCAACCACCCAGUGAAAGACGUUUCGGUUAGAUCUCAUGAACGGUGUUAUCUGGACUAGAGAGGAAGGUGGUUCGGA